GAUAAGUAUUUGGUAUAAAUACUUUUUGCGUUGAUCGGUUUCAGUCGAAUCUGUGAUUCCCACCCACACGCCAUGGAAUCACUCAUAUGGUUAGUGUCAGCGCUUGCGUUGUGCAGUGGAGUAUUGACAGAGCAAGACAUUUCUGGAUGCAGGGAAAAGUGCUUAACAGAAAACUCCAAUAAUGGUCUUUAUUUGGUGCCCCAUCAAAAUUGCUCUCUGAUGUGUUCCUGCAUGUAUGGAACAGCUUAUGUAUUCACCUGUACCGAGGGCCUUCAUUAUUCAGAGGUGGAUGGUACCUGCACUUAUCAACUCGACGCCAAAUGCGAAAUUUCUGAAGAAAUUGAGGAUCCUAUUACUGAUCUCAGUCGACUCGUUGGCCCCGCGAACAGCCAGUGCAUGGGACACUGUCCGCUUACCAAUGCACCUCAGCAAACAGUGACUCUGGAGCAUGAGGAUUGUGAUAAAUUCUGUAAAUGUGUCAAAGGUGUUGCACACGUAAACGAUUGCCCAGCUGGCUUCCACUUUAGCCCAGUCCUGGGAGUCUGCACAUAUCCGGAGGAAGCACAUUGUACAAGGUGUACGUCACCCUCACCUAACCCCGUCCCAACUCCUAUAUGGUGCCCUUGUCCAAAUACAACUGUGCCCGAAAUUUCAACAACGACUGUGACAGUAACUCCAAUUACAACUGUAACAGUACUUCCAACUACAACUGUCACAGAAAUUCCAACAACGAUUGUGACAACAAUGCCAACCACAACUACCACAAUAAUUUCAACUGAAACUGAUACAGAAAGUUUAACAGCAACAGUGACCACAAUUUUACCGACAACUGUGACAGCAACUCCAAUUACAACUGUAACAGUACUUCCAACUACAACUGUCACAGAAAUUCCAACAACGAUUGUGACAACAAUGCCAACCAAAACUACCACAAUAAUUUCAACUGCAACUGAUACAGAAAUUCUAACAACAACGGCGACCGCAAUUUUAACGACAACUGUGACAGAAAUCCCAAUAACAACUGUGACAGAAAUCCCAAUAACAGUAACAAAAAUCCCAACAACAACAGUAACAAAAAUCCCAACAAUAACAGUGACAGGAAUUCCAACUUCCAUUACCACAACCACAUGUAUAACUACAUCUGCAGCGGUUAUUCCUACAACGGUGACAGUCACUGGCCCAGCAAUAACUGUGACAGAAAUUCCAACAACAGUGACAGAAAUUCCAACUUCCACUCUUACAGUGACAUGCAUAACUCCAUCUUCAACGAUUAGUCCUACAUCGGUGACAGUCACUGCCACACCAACUUCUACACCUGGAUCAGGUCCUGGUCUGGAGGGAUGCAUUGGCACUUGUCCACUUGUAGAUCCAAUUCGUGUAGUACACCUACCCCACAUGUACUGCAGUAAAUUUUGUAAGUGCAGCCAUGGUGUACCAACGUUAAUGGGUUGCCAGCCAAACACCUACUUCAAUCCGACACUCCAAACCUGUGUCUUUCCUCCAGAGGACAAUUGUAAGGGAAUCCGAGAUUAAUAUCAUUAGCCAAUUUAGAUCUACAAAACGCCAAAUUUACCAGUGUUGUAGUUUAAUGAAUCGCAGAUAUGCGCCUCUCUCUAAGUACCUAUUUUUGUGAAAUGUGGCAAUAUUCUGUGCAGUGAGCAAAUAUGUAAUUAUGUAAACUUUUUCAUCAAUCGAGUAAUGAUUGAUUAUUAAAGAUAAUACUGACGGUA